AUGCAAGUAUCAGCAUUUGUCGGCGAUGAAUACCAGGCAAAGGACAGUAAUAACCCAAACACCCAGACACCAGCUGUCCUGCCUCUCUCUCCUACUCCUGCAAUUAACAACUCAUUAAGCACAAGCUCGACAAGCAAUUCCACUGAAAUUAGAACCACUGCUCCACCGGCCAGCGGCAAAGAAGCCUCUAAGCUGGAUGAUAAUGACUACAACUUCCUCAGCGAGCGUCUGCCCGACUUAGGCGAAGAGGAGUACAUGAACCUGAGUGAUGAUGCGAAUCCCUUGCAUUUUUUAAAGCAGCAACAAAAGCAGCCUGGCCAAGACCCACAGGUAUGUUUGCAUUUGUACAGUUGCUUAUACCCUUAAGCUAAUCCUCAAUAUUUGCAGGCCCCGCCAAGCCCGCCUAUUUACAUCACUAUUCCCAUUUACAUCAACACGGCGGGCAAAUUGCCGCUCAGCUUGACCAUUGGUGGUCAGGAGCUGUCAGUUCAAGGGCAGCAGAAAGAGGAACGUCGCUUCGUUAUUUCCAGCGCGUCCAGCAGCAGACUAAAGAGUCCCUCCCCUCAGGAGCCCAACUCGCAUUUCAAUCGCUUGCUCCAUGAAAUAGAGACUCCAAAAAGAAGACCAACGAAUCGUCAUAAGAAUCAAAGGCGUAGAUAG